AUGGCUGUCUUAACAAAAUUUCAAAAUAACGGAAAAUGUCUCGAACAGUUACCUAAUGAAAUUUUUAUCGAAAUUUUUCAAUAUCUAAACGGUACAGACAUUAUCUAUGGAUUUUCACAAUUAAAUACUCGUUUUCAAUGUUUACUUAUCAAAUGGGUUAAUAAAUUUGAUUUUAAGUCUAUAACUAAAGAUAAAUUUUAUUAUGUUAUUCAACAUCAUGAUAUGCAUCGAUGGCGAUCGUUGCGUCUUUGUGAUAAUGAUAAAGCACCAGGACAAACAAGACUCUUUUGUCAAUUAUUUCCACUUGCUGAAAAUGUUUCUCAAUUAGAAUCACUUUCAAUUUUGAAUAUGAAGCCGACAUUUGCAACGAAUGUUCUAUCACAAUUGGUAUCAUUUAAUAAUCUUAUUUCAUUAACAAUUACAACAAUUUGUGGAGAAGAUAUUCAAUUAUUUGAAUUGCCCUCAUUAAAACGACUUGUUGUUACUGGAUGUAAACACAAUGAUUGGAUAAAAAAAUUUCAUUCUUUGAAAAUUCUUGAAUAUACUAUAAACUAUAUGUGUCAUUAUAAUUGUAUUUUAACAUUACCAGAAACAUUACAACAAUUGAAAUUGUUCUAUAAUGAAACGAGAGAUGGAAAAGAUUUACGAAUUUCACUUUGUAAAAUGUCACAAUUAAAUAAACUUGCUUUAUAUGAUCAAGGAUAUUAUAGUCCAUUACCAGAUGGUAGAAAAUGGGAAGAACUUAUAAAAUUAUCAUUACCUUUACUCAAAACUUUUCAAUUUUGUUUUCAUUUUGUUUGUUAUCCUAAUGAGUCAUAUGACACAAAUCAAGCAAUGGCUUCGUUUUCUACAUCGUUCUACACUGAGGAAAAAUGUUGGUUUGUUCGAUGUGACUCCAAUUAUUUAUAUGCUGCAGAGGGCGUUAUUUAUACAUUACCUUUUGCAUUUUCACAAAUGCGAAUUGAUAUUAAAUCAUACGAUAUGAGCGUAUCAACUUUAGUUACAAAUAAUAUUGAUACAACAAAAUAUGAUUCAUAUGAUAGAAUUCAUACACUACUAUUUAGUACAACAUGUGAAAUACCACAUCGAAAUUUUCUUAUAUCAAAUAUUGUUCGAUUAGUUCUCAAAGAUGACCUUCCUAGAAGUUGGUAUUCUCUAUUAAAAAAUUUACGUUAUCUAGAAUUUCAACAAUAUGUAUGUAUGUCAACAAAUGAUUUUGCAGAUUUUCUUGAAUAUGCAGUUCAACUUCAAUCAUUAACAUUAUUAACUCCUGCUUUAAUACAAUUAACAGAUUCAUUUAAAAAUAAGAUUGUUUGUGAUCAAUUAUCUAAACGAAUUCAAUCAUUAACUAUAUCUGACUGUUUAUCAGAUUCGAAUAGUUAUCAAGCACUAACAAAUCCAGACCUUCUUUCCAAUAUUGUUAGCAUAUUUCGUAAAACAUGCAAACAUUUAUCAUUAAAUCUGGUAUCAUUUCCUAAAACAACUCGACCAAUUUUCCGAAAUAUGCAACAAUUACACAGUUUACACAUAUAUUAUCCUACUUGGCGUGAUAAGUCAUAUAAUACUGCAAUAACUUGGUUUCAACAAUGUGUAUAUGACAUUGAUGCUUCGGAUUUUAUAUAUACACCAGAUGAUGCUAAUUUUUAUGUAUGGAUUAAAAAUUGA